AUGGGAACAGUAGCUGGACCAUCCAAGCCUCGACGACCUCUGGGAACAGCCUCUGAGCCGGAAGUCCUCAGUAGCGGCGACUCCUCUGAUGAUUUUGAGGAGGUUCCUAUCCCGACCACUCCUGGUGCGCGCGCAAAGUCCCAGAAUGCCUCGGCAGGACCGUCGUCUCCAUAUCCCUAUUCGGCCGCCACACCAACCACGCCCGGGACCAACGUUACUGCGCGGAACACACCCGCAGCUACCACGGCGGGUGAGACGGAUGAGGAUCCAUAUGCGGAGGACGACGAUGAGGAGGAGGAGGGAGACGGAGUGAUCAGGCUUGAGAUUGGUGGAGAGACGCCAGAAGAAAAGGCGAAGCGGAUAGCUUUGGCACUGAGGAAGAAACCCAUGACCUCCAAAGAUCGGAUACUGCGGAUCACGAUCCACAAGAUGCACGUUUUAUCCUUACUUGCCAAUGCGAGAAUACGGAACAAAUGGGCGAGCAACAUGCUACUCAAGGGUCGACUACUGUCACUACUCCCACAUCCCCUCGUUGCUGCUUUUAGCAUCCCUCCCUCCCGCUUCCCCGACCGAGCACAACGAGCCCGCCUCUUUGUCGACGCCCUACAAUCGCUGGUCCUCUGGUGGACUCAGACCUUCUUUGACAUCCCCGACACGACUAUCGGUCAGCGUACGCGGCCAUGGGACGAAGUCCAAGAGAUCGUCGACAAGCUGCCCCGACUCUCUCGGCAGGACUUCCUCCCUGGCGGACCCCUCCUAGACGGCGGAAAGUCAGACAAGGAGAAAGAGAAGGAGGAACAAGAGCGACUAGAAAAAUACGGCGACGGCGCGAAUGGCGAGCGUCUCCGGACCGUCAACAGCCUGAUGAAAAAGGCACUACAACAAGAGGGCUCACGGGACGUUUCGGCGAUCCUCUUUGUCGCGCUCUGUCGGGCGUGCGGACUCGGCGCGAGACUGGUGGUCAGCCUCCAGGCGGUCCCGUGGCGCGCUGAAAAGGUGGUCGUGAAGAAGCCGUCCGGCGCGGGGAAGGGCGGGCGGAGCGUAGCGUCUCGCCAAGGGCAGGGCACGGCGGAUGAGGACGCGGAUAGUGACGAGUCGAUGGAGGAGGUGCCUAUACCUGGGAAGGAGGAGGAUGAGGAGGAGGAGGGUGAAGGCGGACCAGGGGAGAUCAUGGAGAAGAUCAAGAAUAAGAGGAUUAGGGGAGCGGGGAGGCGGAGACAACAGGAUCCAGCGGACGUGUAUCGGUUGAGGAAACCAAAACCUGCGCCACAGACCGUCGGGGCAAAGCCAAAGGUCAAGACCAAGCAAGAUUUGGGGAACCAGCCACCGGUCAUUUGGGCAGAGGUCUUCAGCAGGCCUGACCAGAAGUGGUUCCCAGUCGAUCCGACCCGGGGGACCGUACGAAAGAAGGGACAUUUUGAGCCCCAGUCGGAUAAUGGUCCUAUUCGGAUGACCUAUGUUGUCGCUUUCGAAGAGGGUGAGUCACAGCUACGCAGCGAGUCAGCAUCGGCUGAUACCUCAGAUGGCUUUGCCAGGGACGUCACUUUACGGUAUACCAAGUCGUUUGGCGCAAAGACGGCCAAACUUCGGGCUCCGCAGAGGAAGGAUGAGCCAGAUUGGUGGGAGGGUGUACUUGGGUUCUUGGCUCGUCCAUAUCGACUCAACCGAGAUGACCUCGAAGAUGCCGAGCUGGAGAAUAGUCAGAUAUCCGAGGCGAUGCCCGUUCACAUGAACGGCUUCAAAGAUCACCCCUUAUUCGUCCUCGAACGCCAUCUCAAGCGCGAAGAAGUCAUUCAGCCCAAACGUGAAGUCGGCAAAUUCCGGGGCGAGUCCGUCUACCGCCGCGCCAACGUCUUAUCCUGCAAGACCGCCGAAAGCUGGAUGCGGGUCGGCCGGAAGGUCAAGGACCGGCAAGAACCGAUGAAGUGGGUCAAGCAGCGUGCGAUGACCAUCAACAAGAAGAGAGAGGUGGAGUUGGCGAAACAAGCGGGGGAGGAUGUUAUGCAGGGCUUGUAUGCAGAGGGGCAGACUAUGAUUUAUCGGCCGCCCCCGAUACAGGAUGGCAAGAUACCGCAAAACGCUUUUGGGAAUAUCGACCUGUAUGCGCCGACCAUGCUGCCGCAAGGUGCUGCCCAUCUAGCUUACAAGGGUAUCGCCAAAGUCGCCAAGCAGCUGGGCGUUUCCUACGCCGAAGCAUGUACCGGCUUUGAGUUCAAAAAGCAGCGCGCAAUACCCACCAUCACCGGUAUCGUCGUUCCAGAGGAGUCAGCCGAGGCGGUCAUGGACGCCUACUGGGCGAGUACGGCCGCUGCGGAGGAGCGUGAAAAGCAGAAGCGGAUCGAUAAGGCGUUGAAGCGAUGGGGCAAGUUGAUCAAUGCUUUGAGGGUCAGGGAGAGGUUGCGAGCGACGUACGGGGACAAGGAAGGGGUGAGUUGCCACUCUUCCCAACGAUACUACAAGCACCGUGUGUCGGAUCUAUCGGCUGACGUCUUCAGCUCCACGACCAGAGUCACAACCCCCUCGCUGAGGCCGACGCCGACGGCAACGACAAGUCCAAGGCGAAAGGCAAACGGUCGGCCGCCAACGUCUUGGCUCAGGCGAAUCAGGAAGCCAGUACGGCAUGGGCGGAUCGAGCGCGGGACAAGUCCGAGUCUCCACCGGCGCGGGAGGAUGCGCUGCCCGAGGUCGCCGUGCAGGACUUUGCCACGGGCGAGGUGGGCUUAA